GAGGAGUCCACAAGUACGACACCUGCUCGUACACGCAAAUCACCACCACACCAACGGAACUAAAACUACAGUAGUAGUACUCCGGCACCGAUCACGGCAAUGGCUUCACCGGCGGCGGCCUGCCCGGCGGCAUACUCGUGGGCGCCGGAGGACGGGGCACAGCGCGGGCAGAAGGUGUUCAUGCAGGUCUGCGCGGGGUGCCACGUCAUGCUCCCCUACGCCGGCGUUCCGGCGGCGGCGCAGGGCGAGGUGCGAGCUCAGUCGGCCGAGAUCGUCGUCGCAGAGGAAUCUGUGGCGGCUGCGAGAUCCCAAUCCGGAGGCUCGUACACGCCGGACCUCACCGCUCUCACCACAAAAAUCCAUGAAGGUGCGGCUCUGUACACCACGGGGGGCAAGAUCACGACGUCGAUGCCUAGGAUGCUCGGCGUCUCCAUGUGCCAGGAGCUGAUGAAGAAGAUGGCGCCACCGACCGCCAUGUGGAUGCAGUUUGCCCAGCCCUACAUUGGGACUAUCCGGAUGGCUCUCAUCCUAAAACACGUCAAGAGAGAUGUCACCAUCAUCAACUCACACAACGCGUUUUCAUUGAAUGUGACGUCCGGUGAAAAGUGUCAGCUUGGGGCCCAAGGGUGGUUCUCGACCAGGGCGGUGUAUGCCCUGCACCGCCUCGGCGGUGUGGGGGCUGAGACGGACACCUUCAUGUGGUCGAACCGAGCCCCCUCGCGCGUCAAGUUCUUCGGGUGGCUUCAGUCCCUGUCGCGCAUCCACACGCGUGACGUGCUCCUCCGCAAGACCAUCCUGACGACGGAGGAGGCUGGGUGCCCAUGUUGUGAGGUGGUUCUGGAGAUCGCCGACCACCUCAUCUUUGGUUGCCCCUUCGCGUCAAAGAAACGUCUAAAAGCCGAGGUAAGGACCAGGAUCCAGUGUGCUUCCACGUCAUCCCAAUCCAUUCCCACCGUCCCCACGGCCCGCUCCCUCACCACACUUUCUAGUUUCUACAUAGAGUUGGCGAGCCGCUGCAGCGGCGACCGCUCACAGACGCAUCAUUAUCCACCUCCAGCCACGCCGGUGGCCACACACACACACACACACGGACACACCUGCGCCGGAGCUCAGACCUCAGGCGUUCCAAUGGCGGGGGUCGCGUGCCCGGUCUACCCGUGGCCGACCGACGCCAGGGCGCAGCGCGGGGCCAAGGUGUUCAUGCAGAGGGACUGCGCCGCGUGCCACUCCGCGCUCCCCUACGCCGGCCUCCGGGACGCGCCGGUGCUAGGCCAACUGGGACCCACUACGGCCGAGAUCCUCGUCGCCGCCGCCACGGCCACCGAGGAGGCGAUGCCGCCGCCGGCGACGACGCCGCUCCAGCACACGCCGGACCUCGCCACCGUCGUCACAAGGAUCCAGGGCGGGCUGCGCUGCAACCUCUACUCCACCGGGACGGCGGCGACGCCCGUCAGGGCGAUGCUCGCCGACGGCGCCGCGGUGGCGUGCCAGGAGCUCAAGAAGAGCCCCGUCUGGCUGCAGUUUGCCCAGGCUUUCCAGGCAGCUUGAUGGGUUGGACGACCCAAUCUUCAGUGACACGCCUUGCUCUGCCCAAUCUCAUCUCAUUUCUGUCCAAAACGAUGGUGUGUCUGUCACUGUCACGUAUGUAUAAAUCACAUCACAUUGCACCUUGUGCUGGAUCAAGCAGUAUCAAAAUAAAGCACUCAUGUGCAGCCGUUCCAUGCUAAAUUCAUGCAUUCCAGAGAGGCCAUGAGCUCAUGUAGGGCGGCGCUGGCAUCGAUCAAAUAUACAUAAACUGCAGU